AAAAAUAAAAAUAAAUUUAAACAUGUCUGCCCUGCUGGCGAGUGAUUCGGAGAGCGAUGCAGAUGACAAACCAAAUAUUACUAUUAAUAAGGAUUAUGCCAACAAAUACGAUACCUGGAGACGAAAAGAACUACUUCAGAAAUUGACGGACAAGUACGGAGAGGACGCGGCGACCUGGCUCGACGACGGUGGCGAUGCGAGCUCAGACGAAGAAGAGGAAGACGAGGACGCAGCCCAGUGGACGGAAGAGACGGACAAAGACUUCCUGAAGACCCUUGCUUGCCUCAAGAAGAAGGACCCUGCUAUCUACGACAACAACGUGAGGUUCUUUAAAGAUGCGGAGCCUGGCUCGGAGCCCAGGAAGAAGGAGAAGAAGAAGAAAGAAGAAAAGCCUCUCUUCUUGAGAGAUUACAAGCGACAGCUGAUCUUGGGGAAGAGCAGCGAUGUGACUGAUGAUGAGGACGAGGGGGGCACGGGCGGGCAGCAGCGGGCAGAGUCCCCCACGCUGGUGGAGGAAGAGCAGGCCAUCAAGGAAAGUCUGGUGAACACCCUGAGGGACGACGACGACGGGAACGGGGACGACGAGUGGGGUAGUCUCUUCCGCAAGCGAGACAAAACCCAGCAAGAAUUGGAUAAGGAAAAUGAAGAUUACCUGGAGUGGCUGAAUGGCCAGCGUGAGCAUAUUGGCGACAAGAAAGUGGAGUCGGAACUGAAGCCUCUUCGUGAAUAUUGGAACGACCCCAAGCUAGAGGAGGGUGAAAAAUUUCUCCGAGACUACAUUCUCAACAAGAGGUUCCUGCAGGGAGAUGAUAAGGAUCAUAUCCCGACGUACGACGAGAUAGUGCACGACUCGGACGAGGACUUGUCGGCGGACGAGCGAACGGUCGAGCAGCAGGAGGCAUUCGAACACAAGUUCAACUUCCGCUUCGAAGAGCCAGACCAGGAGUUCGUGAAGCGGUACCCUCGCACGGUGGAGAGCACGCUGCGCAGGAAGGACGACCGACGGAAGCUGAAGCGAGCGGAGGUGCGCGAGAGGAAGGAGCGGGAGAAGCGGAGGAAGCUGGAGGAACUGAAGCAGCUGAAGGCCCUGAAGCGGAAGGAGCUGGAGGCGCGCAUUCAGCGGCUGAAGGAGAUCACCGGCAACGCCGACCUGGGCUUCAAGGAUGAAGACAUUGAGGGGGAGUUUGACCCUUUAGAACAUGACAGGCGCAUGAAGCAGUUGUUCGAUGAUGAGUUCUACGCAGAGGAACAGGACUCCCAGAAGCCGGUCUUCCCAGACCUCGAUGCAGAGUUGGAGAUAGAGAACUGGGACCAGUGGGACGGCAGCGCGCGAGACCAGGACGGCGGAGAAGCAUGGGACAACGCUGACCUUGACCCGGAAGACCCUAACUUCAAUAUGGACUGCGACUAUGACCCGAAAGCCCAGCUCCAGCGGCAGAUGGUCGAGUCGACGCGCCGCCGGAAGGGGCGCAAGCGGCAGUCAAAGUUCGCAGAGGUGCUUGCCGCGAAGAAGCCGUUGUUUGACCCGAAGGACAAGAGCUUCGAGCAGUACGUGGAUGACUACUACAGCCUGGACUUUGAGGACGUCAUCGGGGACCUGCCAUGCCGGUUCAAGUAUCGCAAGGUGGUCCCCAACAGCUUCGGUCUCACCGUGGAGGAGAUCCUGAAGGCGGAAGACAAGGAGCUGAACAGCUGGUGCUCCCUGCGGAGAGCGGUGCAGUAUCGGCCGGAGAACCAGGAGCUGUACGACGUGAAGGCGUAUCAGGCCAGAGCCAAGCAGGAGCACCUCAAGAGGAAGUAUCUGAAGAGUUUGUACGCCAAUGCACAAGGUGACCAGCCGAAGAAGGAGGCGCGCGGAGAAGAGAGCACAGGUCAUCACGACGGUGCGAGCCGGGAAGAGACCACCGCCAGAGCGAACGGAGCGGCCGGGAAGGUAAAUAGCGGUGCUGAUGCGACUGAACACUCUGGAGAAGACGAGGCCGUUCACCCACAGCCCCCAGACGGCCGCAAGAAACGGAAAAAGAAGGGCAAAAAGCACAAGCCUGCGAACGGACCUAGCGCACAGACUGAAAACGCAGGGAGUGAAGCACCAAGACAAGGCACCGUCGACUCUGGAAUCAGCAAACGGAGCUCCAAGAAUAGAAAACGUAAGCAAAAUGUGACAAACUCUGAAACUGGUUCCUUGCCAGUAAAUGGAGGUGCAGCUAAACAGAGCAAUGAAAACAGAACACAUUUUGUGCCGAGGAAGAAGUUUAAAAAUGAGCAUAGCAGCGAGGAUGUUGGCAUUUCAGACACUAGGCUCAGAGCGUAUGGUAUAAGACCCAAGAAGUUUAAGGGCAAGCUGAAAUUUGGUAGCCAGUCUAGAUUUAAGAAAUAUAAUUAGAAAGAUGGGUUAUUCAUGGUUAUGUGUUCAUUGUGAAACUCCCCGGUUCUGUAUUGUCACGAUCUCAAUAUUAAGAUGGUUGUUUUUACAGCAUCACUGUCGCUAUGAGAUGAGUCUGUUUUAUAAUGCAUUGUAUAAUAAAUAUGAUACAAAGUUAUUAUGAGUUACGUUCUUUCUUCAGUAUAGGAAAUUUAAAUGAUAUUGUGUGCACUAUUAUGUACUCUCUCAUACCAUUGUAUUUAUCUAGUAAUUAUUUUUUUGCUCACUUUAAAUAAGCUACAUAAUGUAAAAGAGAGAAAGUUAAAAAGGUUGAAUAAUUCAGUGUUUGUGCACACUAGUGUACUACUAACUGUUUUAUGAGUGGAUAUAACACUCAGUAAAUGUAAAACAAUCUGCAACAGUUAAAUUGUCUGUCAUAUUUUUGUUGUUUGUUUCAAAUACUUGUGCAUUGAAAAUUGAAGUUAUGAAAAAUUAGGGAUAGGCUGAUUGAAUCCUUGAAUCCUUGAACCCUUGAGUACUAUAGUCUCCAAUAUUUUGAAAGAUUUGAGAUUCAAGAAAAAAAUAGAUUUUAAGAAUGAUAGUGGACGAAAUGAUGUAAAUUACAAAAUUCAAUACUAAAUGCACCUUAAGUUUAUUAUGCCUAUGUGUUUUUUUUUAAACCCAUCCAAUUACCAUUGUCCAAGAUAUUGUAGUUUCAGUAUGUAACUAUGUAAAUAAAAUUAUUAUGUAUAUGUAUUAACUUGGAAACUUAAUUUUUUAAAUAAAAAGUUAAAGGUUGAAAGCUUCAACUCCAUAGUUAAUAAUGUAGAUUGUAGGUUUUUUUGGCCAUUUUCUUAUAAACCAUCCUGGCUCAGAGGUUGAGCUGUAUAGAAGUGAUGGUUGGUGCCUUAAAGGUUUUUUCCCCCAUUUAUAUCUAUUAUUUUGGAAUCUUGAGACCUAAAUUUAGAUUCGAUGGGUAAAUUAGAGUUGAGAAAAUUGUGAUUUGAGAGUGAUUUGACCUAUCAUGUUCCCUUCUCCCUUUGCUUAUAAAAUAGAUCUGUUUUUAAACCUGAAAAUUUUUUAAGAUCAUUCAAAAACUCCAAUAGAAGCUACAUAGUGACACUAUCUACAUUACAUACUUUUUUCUUUAUUACUUAUUUGUCCAUUUGUAAAUACUGAUUGCUGUACUGGCUGUGUAUAGUGAUCCUGCUACAGAAUAAAAGAAGUUGAAUUGGGUACCGUCAUACAUUCCUUGAAAACCAGCAUAUAUUUAUAUAAACUUUUUUUUACACUGGCUUUAACUGCUUGUCAACAGGAAGGUCAGUAGGGACGGUUAGCACAGCUGCACAGAUCGGUCAGGGCUUAUAGCAAGAAACUAUCUCCCUAAAGUGAUCUCAGUACGGGGUUGAGUUUCAACCCCAGGUCCUCACGCUGCAAUCUUAUUUU